AUGACAAUAAUCACUUACGACGGUACAUCACUUUUCGACAUGGAUAAUCAUGGAGCCGGCAUUACUGGUACAGUAACGUGCCGGGCAUUAUCACCCGAUCCCUUGUUGAUAGUAAAUGGAAAACUUCGACUGUCCAUUAGAGAACAAGAUCGGGUUGCCUCACGUAAUAUGACGUACAAUAUCAAUUACUCUCCACCGAUAUAUAAUGAAACGACAUCUUUGCACGCGACAGUGUACGAUUGUUCGGAGAACGAGGACGAGUUCGAAUAUGUUGAUGCCGACAAGGACGUGGAAGAGGGGGAGGCGAGCGAACCUAGAAUUGCCAUUGGACGAGGGAUACUGCACAUAAAACCGUCAGAUUUUUCUAAAGAGCUUAAAAUGUUGAGGGGCAACCGAUUUGGAUCAUUGAUGUAUCCAGAGAAAUUUUCGCCGCAUUUCUACAGGCAAAGACCCGAACAUCAGUCAUGGCUUUUAAAUGAAGAGGGUGUCGGAAUCAUGCUGCACAGAUAUCAAGGUGGAAAUAAAGGACCAGUCCAUGGAGCGGCGAUUUCAAGAGAUAUAUGCGACGAAUCAAUAGAUGUUAAAAAUGGCGAUAGAGAAAUUGAAAAAUACGAGAAGAUCGCAGAUUGUUAUGGAUCAAUUACCACGUGA